GUGGGCAGAGUAUAUUUCCCGUAGUGUUUUUUCACAGCACAGCAUUUGACAGCUGGAUUAAGGAGGACGCACAAUGAUGGAACAAAACAACGUGCAGCUCAGAGACCUAAACGACACCAGGGGAAAUGGCAUCGACAACAAGGCUUUUGAAAUAGAGGAGGACAAAAGUCCUGAUACAUACAGCAUCGGAAGGGAUAAUAAAAAGGCUAAAAAGGGACUGGGAUCAUAUUUGAGCAAUGUUACCAGGCCAAUCAAUGCCACAGAGGACUACGUCAAGGCUCACUCUCAAACAUUCAAAUAUGUCAUUCUGGGCAUUCUCGGCGCGGGUUAUGUGGCAUACUUCAUUGCAGCCUGUGUUUUGGAUUUCCAGAGGGCCACUGCUCUAGUGGUCCUAACCUGUUUGGCUGUUGUUGCUAAAUCACUGGAACUUUUGAAUGAGUACAAGGGAGAAAGCAUCCGUGAGUGUUUCAAACCAGCCGGCAGAUGCUUUAAAUCAAACUUCAAGUGGCUAAAAUGGGUUUUCAUUGUCGUGGUUGUGGCCCUGCUUGUGGUAUGGCUUGCUUUGGACACAAGCCAGCGUCCCGAGCAGCUUAUCUCGUUUGGUGGAGUGUGCAUGUUCGUUGUGCUUGUGUUCCUCCUCUCAGCACACAGGACAGCGGUAACAUGGAGGCCUGUGUUUUGGGGUCUGGGGAUACAAUUCUGCAUUGGCCUUUUUGUCAUACGAACAGAGCCUGGAUUUAUAGCAUUCGACUGGCUUGGAAAACAAGUGCAGACAUUCCUUGACUAUACCAAAGCAGGGUCCUCGUUUGUUUUUGGGGAUCUGAUUGGAGGCAUUUUUGCUUUUCAAGCUUUGCCCAUUGUUGUGUUCUUCAGCAGCGUGAUGUCGGUCCUUUACUUUCUGGGGAUAAUGCAGUGGCUCAUUCUGAAGAUCUCAUGGGCAAUGCAGAUAACGAUGGGAACUUCUCCCACAGAGACCUUGAGUGUGGCAGGCAAUAUUUUUGUUGGACAGACUGAAGCGCCCCUGCUGAUACGACCCUAUUUGAAGGACAUGACGAAAUCUGAGAUCCACGCUGUAAUGACUGGUGGAUUUGCCACAAUUGCAGGCAGUGUCAUGGGAGCAUUCAUCUCAUUUGGGAUUGAUGCCUCUUCCUUGAUCUCGGCCUCCGUGAUGGCUGCCCCUUGUGCUCUGGCUAUCUCCAAGCUAUCUUAUCCUGAGACAGAGAAGAGUGCCUUCACUUCAGACAAAAAUAUCAAAGUGGCAGCUGGUGAUGAACAGAACAUUUUGGAAGCUGCUAGCAGUGGAGCAUCGGCAUCAAUAGGCCUCGUUGCUAACAUUGCAGCAAACCUGAUAGCCUUCCUUGCAAUUCUGGCAUUCAUAAAUCAGGCUUUGAGUUGGCUUGGCGGUAUGGUGGGAUAUCCAGCAAUCACAUUUCAGUUAAUUUGCUCUUAUGUGUUCAUGCCUGUGGCCUUCAUGAUGGGCGUACCAUACAGCGAGAGUUUCGUUGUAGCUGAACUAAUUGGCACAAAGCUCUUCAUCAAUGAGUUUGUGGCUUAUGAGAAAUUAUCUGCACUGAAACACAACAGACUCAGCGGACUUGAAGAAAUGAUUGGAGGUGAAAGGCAGUGGAUAUCUGUCCGAUCAGAAAUAAUCACCACUUACGCUCUUUGUGGGUUUGCCAAUUUCAGCUCACUGGGUAUUGUGAUUGGAGGCCUGUCUUCCAUAUGCCCUACAAGAAGAACUGACAUCUCGUCUUUGGUGGUGAGAGCCAUGAUCACCGGGACUUGUGUUUCUCUGGUCAAUGCUUGUAUUGCAGGGAUCCUCUUUAUUCCUCCACCUGUGGAUUGUGUGGGGAUCUUUCAGACAUCUGCCUUCAAUGCCACAAAUGCAAACAUUCAAACUUGCUGUCAAGAACUCCUUCAAAGCACAAUAAAGAAUGGAACCAUCUCAUUUGAAGGAUCAUGGGCCACAGUAGCAAACGUCACAACAUUUUUCUCUAAAUGUUGCCAGUGUUGUGGACUUUCUGUUCCAGUUUGUACAUAGAUGAGAACGACACAUAAAUGCACUCUGGGCACAAGGCAAGAACAUUUUCAACAAGUUGAUCUGAAACUUCUUUUAUUUUUCUAUGGAAAGUUUGCCCAUCCAGUUGUAUACCUGUUUAAUUUUUAUAUGACAAAUAUAAGUGUGUAUAAGAGGUAUAUAAGAGGACCAGUAAUUUUAAAUGAAAUGCUGUGAAGUAAAAUUAAAACCUAAAAAAACAUCUGUUAGAGGCAAUGCAGCUCGGUGAGUACAAACACAAACCUAACUUAAACUUAAACUGGCUUCCAACAAUAGUUAUGAUGUGAUAAACAGAAUAUUCACAAAAUUACAGUUGAAGGCUGACGCGAUUUGAAGUAAAGUGAGUGGGAGAUUAUCUGUGUACGACUCAUGGAUUAGAUCUGGAUCACAUGGAAACCUCAGUACCUAACAGAAAAUUCGAGAAAAUCCAAGAAAAUCUCUUAAAUUGGCUGGUUCCUGUAUGAAGCCUGGUGCCUAUUUAUGUCUCCUCUUGUCUGUAUAUUCACCAUUAAUGUAAAAAUGUAAAGCAUAUGAUUGUAUCUUACAUGUAUUAUAUUUUGAAUUAAUUUAAAUGUCAGCUUUUAUUUAUAGCAAUACUUUAUACCUCACGAAAUAUAUUCAGGCAUCAACAAUUUGAUGAAUGUAAAUAUUUCAAAUAAAACUUUUUCGAUUAUUUUAUAAUGUUAUUGAUCAGUGUACAAAAGAAGUGUGACUUUUUCAAAUAAUAAAAAGAAUUUUAACUGA